CGCUAUAAAAUUUAAUUUCGAAAUUGUCAGUGUAUUUUUCAUUCACCUUCAUUCCAUCAAAAUGUCGUCCUAAGAAAUACCGAAAAAUUCGGAAUAAAUCAGCAGUGAACAAUAAUGAAAAAACCAACGAGCGAAAAUGCCGGGUUUGACCACAACUUCUGAAGAAUUAACCUUAUCGAACAGGGGCUACAAACUGCUCAAGCAACUGGGGGAAGGAUCGUACGCAAAAGUUUUUCUAGCCGAAUACACUUACAAUAAAUCAGACGCGGGAAGCGUUAAAGUACUGGCCUGCAAAAUUAUAGAUACCUCAAAGGCACCGCGAGAUUUCGUGAAAAAAUUUCUGCCCAGGGAGUUGGACAUACUGGUGAAAAUCAACCAUCCCCACAUUAUACAUGUACACAGUAUAUUUCAGAGAAAGGCGAAAUACUAUAUUUUCAUGAGAUUCGCGGAAAAUGGCGAUCUGCUGGAGUUCGUCCUGAAGAGAGGAGCCAUUUCCGAAGCUCAAGCUAGAGUGUGGCUAAGGCAAAUGGCCUUAGGUAUCCAGUAUUUACACGAUAUGGACAUAGCCCAUCGAGAUUUGAAAUGCGAGAAUGUUUUGAUAACUAACAACUACAACGUGAAGAUAGCAGAUUUCGGUUUUGCGAGGUUUGUCACAGAUGCUACCGGAAAGAGAUUAUCGAGCGAAACUUACUGUGGAUCCCUAUCAUAUGCAGCACCAGAAAUUCUAAAGGGUAGUCCGUACCACCCCAGAAUAGCCGACAUAUGGUCAUUAGGAAUAAUACUCUACGUUAUGUUAAAUAAAGCAAUGCCAUUCGAUGACACAAACAUCAAAAGAUUGUACGAACAGCAAACAAAUCAAAGGUGGAAAUUCCGUGCAAAGGUAGCAGAUAUACUGAGUGACCAAGUUAAAAAGCUCAUACAUCACAUUUUGGAGCCUGAUGUAACGAAAAGAUUCAGAAUAGAACAGGUGCUGAAUUCGGAUUGGAUAGCCAUGGAUCCAAGGUUGGCACAACUGAAUCCAGCAGAACAAGCCGCAAUGAUUGAGGCACAACAGGGAAAACGCAGACACCUGGAAGGAAACCCUAAAACAACGUCUAGAAGAGCGACAAAUGAAGAUAUGACAAUAUUGAAAGAAGGCAAAACUGAUGACAAGGACGAAAAACAAAUGGCAAGCCACAGCACCCCCAGUUUAGUAGCGUAAAUGGUACAAUAAACAUUCAAUAAAAAAUCUCUCAAUCUUC